AUGGCCACUGACAGGCUGAAGUGUGCAAACUUUCAUCCACAAAGCCGUUUCGCCACGACGCAGCUCGGGGUGGACAGGUGCGGAAGUUUACUCCACGCCGUCGCACCAACAUCGCACGGCAUCGCCAACGCGUUUUGGGGUAGGGAAACCAGGCUGCACCAAACAAGGAGCUCGGACGAUUACGAGGACGUGCACGAGAACGUUUUUGAAAUUCCGAACAAGGAGCCGGAACCAGAGGCGUUGUUAAAAUGGCGACAAGCGACGCUCGUGCUCAACGCCACGAGACGGUUCCGUUACACCGCCAAGCUCAACAUCGACGACAAAGUCCCCGUUAAAAGAACGCCUGCGGAGCGGUUCCGAACGAGCGGCCACGCGCUGGUGGCUUUGAACAGGUUCAAGAAGGCUGGUCAGCAGAGACAAAAGCGAUACGUUAUGAAGGAGGAUUUUGGUGACGGUUUUGGCUUCACAAAGGAGCAGCUCGUCACAAUAAAUGAGGAUGCUAAUGUCGAGGCACUGGAUGAAAUCGGGGGGGUGCCUGCCGUGUGCCGUGCUCUGCGCGUCGACCCAGAGAUUGGGAUUCCAGGGGACGAAGGGGACCUUGAGAAGAGGAAGGAGGAGUUUGGCACCAACACGUAUCCCGCGAAACCCCAGAAGUCCUUCUUUGUGUUUGUGUGGGAAGCAGCGCAAGACACCACACUCAUCAUCCUCAUGUUCUGUGCUUUCCUCUCACUCACUUUCGGGCUCAUUGCCGAGGGCACGCAGGAAGGCUGGUACGAUGGAGUUGCCAUUGCUGUUGCAGUCAUCAUUGUCAUCUUCGUCACAGCCUUCAGUGAUUACCGCCAGUCAUUGCAAUUCCGCGGCUUGGAUGCUGAGAAGGCAAAUAUACAACUGAAGGUUUUAAGAGGUGGUCGCGUGCAGACAGCGUCCAUCUUCACUCUGGUGGUGGGCGACAUUGUGCCUCUCGCCAUUGGCGACCAGGUCCCAGGAGAUGGGCUGUUGGUGUCGGGCCAUUCUCUCACCAUUGAUGAAGCCUCCAUGACAGGAGAAAGCGACCCUAUGCACAAGGACAGCAAGCGCCCAUACCUGCUUUCCGGAUGCAAGGUUCUGGAUGGUUACGGCACCAUGGUGAUCACGGCAGUGGGAGAAUGCACGGAGUGGGGGCGAGUCAUGGCUACAAUCAACGAUGACGAUGACUCCGAGACACCUCUGCAGGUGCGGCUGAACGGGCUGGCGACGUCCAUCGGCAAGCUGGGGCUGGUGGUGGCGGUGCUGGUGUUCCUGGUGCUCAUCAUCCGCUAUGCUGCCACGUACGUGCCGGGCAAGUCGCCCGUGGAGGUGUUCAAGGACAUUGUCGACGACUUCUCCAUUGCGGUGACCAUCAUUGUGGUUGCUGUGCCGGAGGGCCUUCCUCUUGCAGUUACUUUAACGCUCGCGUAUUCAAUGCACAAGAUGAUGAACGAUAAGGCGCUGGUGCGGCACUUGGCAGCGUGUGAGACCAUGGGUUCAGCCACCACCAUCUGUAGUGACAAGACCGGCACUCUCACCCUCAACCAGAUGACAGCAACGCGCGUGUGGCACUCGGGCAGUCUGCAGGAUGCAGUGGAUCGAGAGACCGUGCCAUCACCUGUUAUCAAGUUGCUAUCCGAAGCCAUCGCCCUCAACAGCACUGGCAAUGUCUUCAACCCUCCGGAGGGAGGGCCGCCGGAGGUGUCUGGAAGCCCCACUGAGGCAGCGAUCAUCACAUGGGCACUCUCUUUGGGCAUGGACUACAAUGGGCUGAGGAAGGAGAACGAGAUCAUAGCAGUGGAGGCUUUCAACUCUGCCAAGAAACGAGCAGGGGUGGCCAUCAAGAGGCCGGGAGGCGACGUGGAGGUGCACUGGAAGGGAGCAGCGGAGAUCAUUCUGUUGGGCUGCACCUCGUGGCUCGAUGCUGAUGGCAACCCUCAACCUCUCACUGAUGCCAAGAGGACGGAGGUACUGGACGCCAUAUCCACCAUGGCGGCGGCGUCGCUGCGCUGCAAUCGCCAUGGCCACUGCGCCCCUGCCGCUGUCGGACCGUGUGUCGCGCUGCGCCUCACCACCGCUACUGGCAGAGUGUCGUAUGUGCGGUCGCAUGCGCGGUGUCUGUGUGGGAGAGAGGUCUCCCUGGGGAGCCUGCAGUCUGGACUGGAAUGCGUCCCAGACGCAGUAGCCAGGUGCCAGCGUGCCGGUGUGAAGGUGCGCAUGGUGACUGGUGACAACGUGCACACGGCGAGGGCUAUAGCAGCAGAGUGUGGCAUCACCACGCCAGACGGGGUGGUGAUAGAGGGCAAGGACUUCCGAGUCAUGUCCAAGGAGCAGAUGCUUCAAGUCAUUCCCACCAUUGAUGUGAUGGCUCGGUCGUCCCCCACGGACAAGCACCUGCUGGUGAAGAUGCUGCGGCAGAUGCCUAUUGUGAAAAAACCCCUCCAUCCUUCCCCUCUCCCCCACUUUUUCUCAUCCACCACCCCCCCCUCCCUCCCCGCAGGUGAUGGCGCGGUCGCCCCCACGGACAAGCAUCUGCUGGUGAAGAUGCUGCGGCAGAUGGGCGAGGUGGUGGCAGUCACAGGCGACGGCACCAACGAUGCGCCCGCGCUGCACGAGGCGGACAUCGGGCUGUCCAUGGGGCUCUCAGGCACGGAGGUGGCGAAAGAGAGCUCCGAUAUCGUCAUUCUGGACGAUAACUUCACCUCCAUUGUCAAGGUGGUGCGGUGGGGGCGGUCAGUUUUUGCCAACAUUCAGAAGUUCAUUCAGUUCCAGCUCACAGUCAACAUAGCAGCGCUCGUCAUCAACUUCAUUGCUGCAUGCACCGACGGCCACGUGCCUCUUAAUGCUGUUCAGCUGCUGUGGGUGAAUCUGAUCAUGGACACGCUGGGAGCUCUGGCCCUCGCCACAGAGCCGCCCACUGACGAGCUCUUGGAGCAGAAACCUGUGGGGCGCAAGGAGCCUCUUAUCACCAAUGUUAUGUGGCGGAACAUCUUUAUUCAGUCUGCGUACCAAGUGGUAGUGCUGAUGAUUCUCAACUAUAAGGGCAACGUCAUUCUCGGCAUUCAGAACGAUGCAGACAAAGACAUUGUCCGCAACACCAUGAUCUUCAACUCCUUUGUCUUCUGCCAGCUUUUCAACGAGGUGAAUGCGCGCAAGCCAGACAAGCUAAACAUAUUCGACGGUCUCCUGGGCAACCCGCUCUUUAUCCUCGUCCUCGUCGUCAGCACGGGUUUCCAAAUCAUAAUAGUGGAGCUGCUACACAACUUUGCCAAGACCACCUCCCUCACUGUGUCCCAGUGGUUCAUCUGUGUUGGCAUUGGAUUCAUCAGUUGGCCGUUGGCGCUCAUCGGCAAGUUCAUCCCAGUGGCAAAGACGCCGAUGCUGGACUUCAUGCAGCAUAUCAAGCCCCCGCGCUGGAUGCGCCUGCGGCGCAAGAAGUCCCGUGCCAGCACCAGCGCCAGCACCAGCCGCCAGGGCUCCAUGGCUCGUUCCGGCUCUGCUGCUGGGGCUUCCGGGGCCCCUGCUGCAGCUGUGGAGGAGGAUGGCGCGUAUGAGGAGGCGUCAAUUGCUGGAGUUCUAUCGCGCAACCUUCGAGGUCCGUUUCGUCAAGCCGCUAUGUCCGCCCUCUUCGACUUUCAAGCCUUUCUCUCCGUGGUGCUGCUGGUCAUUUGCACUUGCACUUACGUGAAGAUUCAUUUUCCAAACUUGCUGCAACAAAAGACAGGGUUCCGCGGUUUUUUUUGGAAAGCAGCAAGAAUAGGGGAAAGACUCAGUCCGUGGGUUGCUGUCUGUUGUAUGGCCAUGGGACUCUAUACUCUCUUCUUCUGA